AGGUCGCCUUCGAAAGCGUCCAGCCCGGGCGGUCCCGUAGGUCGAUUGAACAUGUCCCUCUUCAUUCCUGACAACGCCUCCAAUCGAUCUGGUUCACCGGCCUCAUCCUUGUACAGGCGCCGAGACUCCUCGGAGUUUGUGUUGGAGAGCCGCGUCCCAUCCAGUCCAUCCUGCCCGCCUGAGGAAGGCCACGGCCGUCCACCUGUGCUGCCGCAGCAAGUGGAGGACAGCGAGGUGGAGGCGACAGCAUCCACGGAGGAAGGUCGCGGUCGCGCAGAGCUGGACUUGUUUCGCGAGUCCGUGCCGUUGUCCAACGACACCUGUCUAAGGUCGGAAGUCGAGACUCAAGAGGUGGCAAAGCCGAAGGAUCCCUGGGACGAUGUGCUGGAUGCCCUUGCAGACCAAGAUCCAGACCACGGUGAAAAUGGUGAAGGCAGCCAGGGCUAUCCAACGGACAUGGCCGUGGCUGUGGCAAGAAUGCCAGACAGCAGCAGGGCUAGUGGGGACUCCAGCAACCCAGAAGAUAUCGAAGACCUCCCGGGACUAUCUGAUGCUCAACACACGACAUCUAUCCAUCCAGAGCUACUCCGGAAUCUGACUAGCAACAAUGGGGUCAACACCAUGGCAGUGGAAGAGAUUGGGUCGAUAGCGGAGGAGUCACAACCACAAACCGUUUUACCCACUUAUGUGUCAGCCGCAGCCCCCAUAGACAGUCAGCAGCAGCUGGAGCAGCCAGCCGAACUAGUCCGAAAUGUGUCGGAAGGCACCAGCAGCAUUGCCGUUGAUGAUAUUGGUCUCAUUGCAGAUCAAACAGAAGCAAACACUGCUGCAACUCUUCCAACCCAGCAGCCUGCUGCAGUACAAAGAAAUGAGUCAGGAGAGAGCAGCGGAGUGAGCAGCAUAGCAGUGGAAGAGAUUGGGUCGAUAGCGGAGGAGUCACAACCACAGACCGUUUUACCCACUUAUGUGUCAGCAGCAGACCCCAUAGACAGUCAGCAGCAGCUGGAGCAGCCAGCCGAACUAGUCCGAAAUGUGUCGGAAGGCACCGGCAGCAUUGCCGUUGAUGAUAUUGGUCUCACUGCAGAUCAAGCAGAAGCAAAGACCUCUGCAACUCUUUCAACCCAGCAGCCUUCCGCAGUACAAAGAAAUGAGUCAGGAGAGAGCAGCGGGGCGAGCAGCAUAGCAGUGGAAGAGAUUGGGUUGAUAGCAGAGGAGAGGGAACCACAGGCUGCUUUGCCUACUUAUGGGUCAGCCGCAGCCCCCAUAGACAGUCAGCAGCAGCUGGAGCAGCCAGCCAAACUAGACGGAAAUGUAUCGGAAGGCUCUAGCAUUGCUGCAGAUCAAACAGAAGCAAACACUGCUGCAACUCUUCCAACCCAGCAGCCUGCUGCAGUACAAAGAAAUGAGUCAGGAGAGAGCAGCGGGGCGAGCAGCAUAGCAGUGGAAGAGAUUGGGUUGAUAGCAGAGGAGAGGGAACCACUGGCUACUUUUCCUACUUAUGGGUCAGCCGCAGCCCCCAUAGACAGUCAGCAGCAGCUGGAGCAGCCAGCCGAACUAGUCCGAAAUGUGUCGGAAGGCACCGGCAGCAUUGCCGUUGAUGAUAUUGGUCUCAUUGCAGAUCAAGCAGAAGCAAAGACUCCUGCAACUCUUUCAACCCAGCAGCCUGCUGCACUGCAAAGAAACGUGUCAGGAGAGAGCAGCGGUGUGAGCAGCAUAGCAGUGGAAGAGAUUGGGUUGAUAGCAGAGGAGACAGAACCAAAGGUUGAGUUUCGAAGCUCUAUGUCAGCACUUGCACAGACAGCUCCCAGAAAGUUGUCUGACAGCAGUGGUGAUAGCAGCGUUGCUGCUGCUGAACUAUCAGCCUUGGCCAUCACUCCUCGACAGCCACCGGCUGGAAGUGCUGACGCCCCGCAAACUUCGCUGUCUCCGCCGACUUCAGCUCAACGGCCACAACCAGGUACAGACUCAAGUUCCGAGUACGAUAGCUCCGAGUACGAAAGCUACGAGGAAUCAGAAGACGAGGCAGCCGAAGGAAGGGAUGCAGAAAUUGUUGUUGCAAAUAUGGAUUCAACAGAGUCAAUGGCUCGAACAACUCGACCCAUUGAUACUGAAUAGAAAUCGAGAUACGGUGAUGAUC